AUGCCACCGUUUGAGUUCGCCAAGCGACUUUUCUGGGUACAGUACACCUAUAUUGGAACCAUCUUUUCCUUGAUUCAUCCCGCAGACUUUGAGGAACGCUUGAAAACAGUAUAUGACCAACCACCAGACUUUUCGUCUCGGGAGUCUUGCCUAGUUUACUGUCAGGUAUUGCUGGUCAUAGCCUUUGGGCUGAUGUAUUCCGUGAAUCAAUGGUCGGGAGACGACGGGCCGCCCGGUUUCAAAUACUUCAAGCAUGCCCUACGAUUCCUACCAGACAUUCACGAGGAGGGUUCGAUAUUCUUUGUCGAAGUAUUGUGCUAUGUGGCCUAUUACAUGCAGAAUCUUAAUCGGCGCGAUGCUGCAUUUCUAUAUGUCUUCACCAAGAGGUCUCCGACCCCUCAAUUAGUGAAGGUGAUCGAAACCGCCGGCGACGAGCAUGGUGGUCUGUAUAUAGUUUGGAUCGUGCUUACCUAUUAUACACAGUUGUCCCGGAUCUUAGGCAGAAUAGGAGAAGGUGAGGACUCUCAAAUCCUCUACUCGGGUAAAAGUCUCCUGACGAUUGUGUUAGAAAUCUAUCGCAAAAAGCCUCGAUCUGGCUCCAACCUACUUGCGUCUGCCCAGAGCAUCACCAACGACCUAUCAGAAUGGCUUCAGCGGAUUCCAGAUCGGCUCCGAAUCGACUUCUCCAGCCUCAACAGCCAUGUAAAUAGGGAAUCGGUGUCUAUCUUUCUGCACUUUUACUCUUGUGUCAACAUGACUGCGAGGCCUCUGGUAUUUUAUGUUAUUCAGCGUCGACUUGAUGCAGGUGAUCAAUCCUCUGCGACAAGCGACUGGAAAGAAGGACUGUCGCCGAAUACUGUGGCGGUCAUAGACAGCUGCAUCAGUGCGGCCCGGGCCACCACCGUUAUUAUGGAUGCUGCUGCAAAGCAAAAUCUUGUUGCUACGUACGGCUAUCUUGACGGCGAAUACGUGUUUUCAGCAGCUUUAUUGCUCGUCAUGGUCAAUGCCGCCUUUCCUCACAACGAAGCCAACGCACGAAGCAUGGGAGUAGCGCUGAGUCUCCUCCGAGGUAUGGCAGAUCGCGGUAAUGCGUAUCUGGCCUCCCGGCACUCCCUUUUAAUCGAACUACAAUCAGCGAUUGGACCUAAUCACACACGGAGAGACGACCUUGCUGUCGGUACCCCUAUCACGCCCAGUAGCAUACCACAAGCAAGUCCGGCUACCAAUGUGGUAGCAGAUCAAACACCGGUGGUAUCUACGGAGUGGCCCUCGCAGCAGGAUCUACCGUCUAUGCGCGACAUCUCAUUCAAUUUUGACAUCAACGAUGACCCGGGACUGUGGGAAGAAGUGUUGGAUCAAAUCGAUAUCGAUAUGGAUACGGACUGGAUUGAGAAUACUUUGAAGAAAUAG